AAGCCUUGUACUUUGUUUUCACCAGUUGAUUAGCAUUUCUUUGUUUACAGAGUAAUCUGAAGAGCAUUUGAUAAUGGCGGUUGCUGAGAAUUCCGGGGCGAAAGUCGGGUCAUCGGGUCGAAAUGUGGAGAACACUACGGAAGGUAAGUCCGAAGAAGAAAAACCAGCACCACCUGUCAACGGUAAUGGCGAUGGCGGUUCGGCUGAGAAGAAUCAACAGCAAAUGCUUAUUGAGCUUAGCAAUGUCGAAAAUGGGGGAAAUGAUGAAAUUUUGAAGAAAGGAAUGAGUGAUUUGGCUGAGAUGUUGUCUAAGCUUAACCCCACGGCUGAGGAAUUCAGACCCCCUUCCCUUGCUAAUAAUCAGAAUUUUAAAGAGAAUCGAUUUUCUGGAAAUGGAAAGAAGAGGAAUGAUAAGUAUAAUCAAGGGAAGAUAAUGUUGAACAAGAAAACAAGCAUUGGUCAGGGAGUUGAUGCUAUUAGGAACACUGUUUAUGUUACUGGUGUUGAUUAUCAGGUUACUGAGGAGCUUCUUGCUGGUCUCUUUCUGAGUUGUGGACCGAUUGUUGAUUGUCGCAUAUGUAGUGAUCAUAUUACAGUUCUCCGAUUCGCCUUCGUCGAGUUCUAUAAUGAAGAGGACGCUAACACUGCUUUGAAUUUGUCCGGAACCAUUCUCGGGUUUUACUCUUUGAAAGUGCUGCCUUCCAAGACUGCAAUUGCACCUGUUAACCCAACAUAUUUGCCCAGGUCGGAGGACGAGCGAGAGAUGUGUUCAAGGACUGUUUACUGUACAAACAUACACAAGAAGGUUACUCAACCUGGCGUCAAGCUCUUCUUCGAAUUUUUUUGUGGAAAGGUUCAACGUUUGAGGCUAGUGAAAGACUCUCAUCAUUCAACUCACAGUGCUUUUCUUGAGUUCACUACGGCUGAGAGUGCCAUUGCAGCUCUCAACUGCAGUGGUGCAGUUCUGGGAUUAUUGCCAAUAAGGGUAGCUCCUUCAAAGACACCAAUUCGCCGCCGUGCUCCUCGCACCACAACACACUGAAUCAUCAAGCUGAAUCAUCCUUGCUUGUUUCUUUUCUCCGAGACUGAUCAAGCUACCAAUAGAUGUAUGCGCCCACAUGUCAUUGAUACAUCGACACUUUCGAGAUACUUUCGGGCUUAAUGUUAAUCACAGUGGUUUAAGUGCAUUGUUGUUUUGUUUUAACUUGUACAGUUAUAUGGGAUUUUAAAGACAUGAAUGUAGUACUUUAUGUUGC